AUGUUUAUUUCAUAUGUGCCCACGGAAUGUGGCACAAUCGAUGCCGAAUUUGCGCCAUGUGUUGGUAAGAAGACUGCUGAUCAGCUGUUCUACGACUGCUGCAAGCUGUACAUCGAACCUGAAUGUCACGAUCUUUGUCAAUAUGAAGUUGAUAGAGAUGCGGCGCAAUCACUUGUACAGAGUGUUUUUCGUUUCCUUAACACUUUCGUCAAAUAG